AUGGCAGCAGUACCUGAAGACGCAAAGUUCUCUUUGAAAGCCCACUUCGAUGGCAUGGCCCCAAUCUAUGACGGUUUCGGGCCAAUAUGGUACGAGAUGGGAGGCUCUUUGCUGGCGAAGAAUCCCCAUCCGAUCUCAUCGUCCUCGAUAGUCCACGACAACGCUUGUGGAAACGGUGUUUGUUCGUCGCUCAUUCUCAAGGAAGCCGAUGCGAACAACACACCUACCAUCUACGCAACGGACCUCUCACCAAGGAUGAUCGCCGAAGUCAAGAAGCGACCUGGUCUGGAGAACGUGAAGGCCGAAGUGAUGGACUCUGAGGCUUUGGCAUUUCCAGACAACACUUUCACCCAUUCCGUCGCCAGCAUGGUACAUCCUACUACACUGCGUCCGGAUGUGCUCACAAGGGAGAUCUUUCGCACACUUAAGCCUGGUGGAGUGGCUCUCUCGGCGCAGUUCGUAAGCUACGGAUGGCUAGGAUUCACGCAGGACGCAAUUCGAAAGAUUCGACCAGACGCGCCGCCCUUCCAAGGUCCUGUGCCAGAGGAAUGGAAGACAGUUGACUGGUUCAAAAACCAGUUCGUGAACGCCGGGUUCAAGCCAGAGAAUGUGGAUGUAUCCAAGAUCACGAUCAGAGUUGCCUUCCAAGAUAUAUGGCCAGAGUGCAGAGCUCAUAUGUGUAAAGCUGUGGUCAUGAUGAUGGCAGGGAGUUGGAGCAAGGCUGACAGCGAGGCGCUGUACGAGGAGCUGAUGAGACGAUUCGACCCAGAGACGUCGGACGGCGACGGAUUCGAUCAUGAAACGUUGUUGCUGGUCGCUAAGAAGUGA